AUGCCGAAUACCCGCUCCGCUUCUACAAAGCCCGAGUUCGACAUGGUUGUCGAAAGCGCUUCGUCAACCUCGUCGUCUUCUAGCUGCGUAAGCGAGCCUGAACUCGCCCGUCCUGAAACUCAGCGACCUAGUCGCUCUGCCCGACGCACUGACUCCAUCCGUGCCCAGCGCGCUCGCAGCAACGAUCGAGUGCUCAACAACGAGCCUCAAUCCACUGGUCGCCCGGCUCAACCUCGCAUGGAAGCGCCAGAUGAGCUGCUCACCAGCGAAGAUCGCCGCCACGAUCUGUUCCGACAGCUCGGCUUGGAGGAUCUCCGACACGCGGAGCGCUUGGCAAUCAUCGAAGAGCUUCGACGAUUGGAAAACGACCUUCUGCGACAAUUUGGCGAUCUGGAGGCCAACAUGCGCAACGGCGACUUCAGUGUCACCAUCAUCACCAAGUCUGGUCGCACCUUCGAGAUGGGAGAUGACAAGCUCGUCAUUCCCGAAUAA